AUGUCGCUAAAAUGUGAGACUGAACGGAGCAAAACGUGGCAAGACUUUGCAGAUGGUGUGCCUUGUGUUUUAGGUAUUGAUGAGGCUGGACGAGGUCCUGUUCUCGGUCCGAUGGUUUACGCAGCAGCCAUUUCCCCACUUGAUCAGAAUACCGAACUGAAAAAUCUGGGAGUAGACGAUUCAAAAGCGUUGAAUGAAGCGAAACGAGAGGAAAUUUUCGACAAAAUGAAUAAUGACGAAGAGAUUCAACAAGUUGUUGCCUACGCGAUUCGGUCGUUGUCUCCAGAACUUAUCAGCGCUUCGAUGUUAAAAAGACACAAAUAUUCAUUAAAUGAAGUUUCCCAUGAUGCCGCAAUCGCAUUGAUUAAAGAUGCGUUCGCAUGCAAUGUUAAUGUUGUGGAGAUCAAAGUGGACACUGUCGGACCGAAAGCCACAUAUCAAGCGAAACUCGAAAAGUUGUUCCCUGGAAUUUCGAUUUGUGUCACUGAGAAAGCCGAUUCAUUGUUCCCAAUCGUCAGUGCCGCCUCAAUCGCUGCGAAAGUCACAAGAGAUACUCGUUUGAGAAACUGGCAAUUUAAAGAGAAGGGCAUCAGAAUUCCGGAGAAUGGUUAUGGAAGUGGAUAUCCAGGAGAUCCAAACACCAAGAAAUUCCUCCAACUCAGUGUCGACCCAAUUUUUGGAUUCUGUUCCCUGGUACGUGCAUCAUGGAAAACUGCUAGUGCGAUUGUCGAGAAACGUUCCGUACCAGGAUAUUGGGAGGAUGAUGAAGAUGAAGGAAAGCCACAGAGUAAGAAAAUGAGCGGGUGGUUGCAACCGAAGGAUGCGACAGAAGUUCCACCAAAGAAACAUGUUUAUUUCAAAGAAAGGCAUAUGAAGAAUAUUACCACUUUCUAG